CACAGCCCAUUUCGCGCGGCGCUGGCUUCCCGGCCCGACCAGUUCUUCAAUCAUCCAUUUGCACGCAGUAGAGCUCCGCUGAUUCCAGGCCGGACGACGGGGAAAUCCCGAAUUCUUCUCUUCAAUGGCAGCUCGGCAUAUUCAAAGGCGGUUACUAUCAGCUUUCUGCAGUACAGGCCCUCAAUCCUCUCCUUGCAACAGACGCCCAUGGCGAUUUUUUCCUGCUGCAAAUUCAGUUGUCAGCAGACAUGAUUUAUGUAAAAGAAGAAUUCAGACCAUGACUGAACCAAGCGAGCAGGCUGUUGAAGAAGCAACCAGCUUGAGGCCUGAUUCCGACUCAGCAAAAUUACCCGCCAACGCAACAAGUAAUGAAAAUUCUGCUGUGAAAUUCAAGGCCGACCCCAACUUGAAGAUAUCUGCCCGGCAUGAUCUUGCCAUGAUCUUUACUUGUAAAGUCUGCGAAACAAGAUCCAUCAAGACAAUGUGUCGUGAAUCGUACGAGAAAGGAGUGGUGGUGGCGCGCUGUGGCGGAUGCAAUAAUCUCCAUCUGAUUGCAGAUCAUCUGGGUUGGUUUGGACAGCCGGGGAGCAUCGAGGACUUCCUGGCAGCUCGCGGGGAAGAGGUGAAAAAAGGCUCUGUUGAUACUCUGAAUUUAACACUAGAAGAGUUGGCUGGAAAGGGAUUUGGAAAGUAGAACUUGGGCAAAAAAAUCUGGGAAACGUCACAAAUGUGUAAUGACAAAAUCACUUAUGGAGAAUAGGAAUUUUUUCUGAUGCUUAUGAGCUUA